GUGUGGUAUUGAAGUUGUUAUUGUUCAUCUUUUGCUUGCGGAGGAAAAGAGAGAGAGAGAAAUAAAGAGGGAUUUUUCGCUUCCAAGAGAGGCGAUCUGUCUUAUUGUUUGGUUUUUGCUUUCGUCUUUCUUAGAUCUUUUCCUCCCGUCAACGCUUGUUCUUCCUCGAUUCUCUUCGAUUUUUCUCUCGAUUGCGGUUUACGGCCAUGGCCACCAGCGGAAACAAGAACAUUAAUGCCAAAUUGGUGCUUCUUGGUGAUGUUGGUGCUGGGAAGUCAAGUCUAGUGUUGCGUUUUGUUAAAGGGCAGUUUGUGGAGUUUCAGGAAUCGACAAUUGGUGCUGCCUUUUUCUCUCAAACAUUGGCUGUAAAUGAUGCAACUGUGAAAUUUGAAAUCUGGGACACGGCCGGGCAGGAGAGAUACCACAGUUUGGCUCCAAUGUAUUAUAGGGGUGCAGCUGCUGCCAUUAUCGUCUUCGAUAUUACCAAUCAAGCUUCAUUCGAUCGGGCAAAAAAAUGGGUUCAAGAACUUCAGGCACAAGGCAAUCCCAAUAUGGUCAUGGCUUUAGCUGGGAAUAAAUCAGAUUUGUUGGAUUCUAGGAAGGUUUCUGCAGAGGACGCCCAAACAUAUGCGCAGGAGAAUGGCUUGUUUUUCAUGGAAACCUCUGCAAAAAGUGCUGCUAAUGUCAAUGAUAUCUUCUAUGAAAUAGCUAAGAGAUUACCCCGAGUGCAACCAGUACAGAAUGCACCCGGGAUGGUUCUGGACAGACCUGCCGAAAGGGUAGCAAGUGCGUCAUGUUGCUCGUAGAUCUUCGUCCUUGCUCGGUUCCUAGGCUGUCAGCAGCACGUCCUUCAGUUGUAUGGAGCGUUCGAAAAGAAAAGAUUGGAAAAAGAAGGAAAAGAAAGAGAGGUUGGCAAUGUUGGGUUUAUUAUGAUGUGUAAAUUGACGGUUGUUUUUAGAAGAUAUUGCUUUGUUAUGCAGCCUCUGGCAGUAAAGUGGCUGACUACUAUGUGUUUAUAUAUGACCUUGGGCUUGCUUCUUCUCAUGCACAGUUGUGCAAAUUAAAAGCACUCCCAAAUGAGAGGAGGAGGAGAGGAGAGGUUGUGUGAAUGUGAGUAGUAGUUUAACUCUCUUGUCUUAAUAGCAUUAUUAUUAGUUAAGUUAAUAGAAA